AUCUGAAUAAUGUUUAGACAUAAAAUGAGCUGGCCAAUUAUGUCCGAACCUUAUCUCAUCUUCGACCAUACACCUUCUUAACUCCAACACUAACUUUCUCCAUCUUCCUACCUGAGAUGUCUCCCCAAUAACUUCUAUCGCCUGAAACGAGUCGGACUCCACCUCAAAGGCUCGAUAACCAUUAUCAAUUGCCCAGGAUACCGAUCUGUAAAUUGCCACUAUCUCCGCCUCCAGGACCGACGUUGCUGGUAUAGAGAAAUGAAGAGCAAAAAUGAACUCCCCUGACCUGGAUCGCAUCACCGCUCCUCCUGCCGCCCUUCCAUCAGCAAAAGAAGCGUCCACAUUGAGUUUGAAGUCUAGCUCGGGCAUGAGAGAAUGAGAAGAUAUCAUUCUUUCUUCUUCUAACAAUAUGAAAGGCAGAUGAUAGAGUGAAGACCCCUUUCUGCUCAGCUGUUCGGAUGGUGAUCCCAAUCUUUGGUAAAUUGGUUUAACUCAACAUUUUGUGGAGUCUCAAGUAUAGUUCAGAAAUUGGAUAUUGGGAAAAUCAAGUUGCAUAACAUCAUGUCUGUUCUAACAAAAUUCCGAUGCAUCACACUUGAUGUCACUGGCACACUGAUAGCUUACAAGGGAGAACUAGGCGACUACUAUUGCAUGGCAGCGAAAGCCGUUGGACUUCCGUGUCCUGACUAUAAAAGAGUGCAUGAGGGCUUUAAACAUGGAUAUACUGAUAUGGCUAGAAAACAUCCCUGCUUUGGGUUUGCAGAAAAGAUGCCUAACAUUCUCUGGUGGAAGACUUGUGUUCGAGAUUCAUUUGUGAAGGCAGGAUAUGAUUAUGAUGAGGAGACAUUUGAAAAGAUCUUUAAACGCAUAUAUGCAACCUUUGGUUCUGCUGCACCUUACACUAUAUUCCCGGAUUCUCAACCAUUCCUUAGGUGGCUUCGUUCUACUGGUGUUACAGUUGGGCUUGUUAGCAAUGCUGAAUAUCGGUAUCGGGACGUAAUCCUUCCAGCCCUAGGCUUGAAUCAGGGAUCUGAGUGGGAUUUUGGAGUAUUCUCUGGCCUAGAAGGUGUAGAAAAACCAGACCCAAAGAUAUAUAAAAUUGCAUUAGAGAGAGCUGGAAAUGUUGCUCCAGAAGAAGUUCUUCACAUAGGAGACAGCAUCAGGAAAGAUAUUAUUCCUGCAAGGAGUGUGGGGAUGAAUACGAUAUUGCUCGACCGGUUCAAGACAUCUGAUGCUGAAAAUUGGAGGAAAUCUGGAGAGACUGUGCUACCCGACCUUAACGCAGUAAAAGAUUGGCUCACUUCUCACAGUGAUUCCAUUCCUAAGUAAGUAGCUGGUUGUCGACCCAAGUGCUCUAAAUUAUUAUAUACUUUCUCUUCAUUUUAAUGCAUUCAUGUGGAGAAGAGGAAUCAUAAAGAUCGGCG